AUGGUAUUUGGUAAAUCUCUUCAACAAUGUUCUUUAUCACCAUUGACAGGUUAUUAUCGAUCAGGUAUGAAAUUGUUGAAAAAAGGUUCAUGUGAAUGGCAUGAUUCGAAUGAUUAUGGUAUUCAUACAGUAUGUGCACAAAUGACAUGUCAAUUUCUUGAAUUUACUCGUUCACAUGGUAAUGAUUUAUCAACACCAAGUAAUUCUAGUCAAUUUUCUGGUUUACGUGAAGGCAAUCGUUGGUAUUUAUGUGCUGGAAGAUGGAAAGAAGCUUUAGCAGCUAAUGUAACUCCGCCUGUUAUUCUUCGAGCAACACAUCAUAUUACAUUACAAUAUGUUAAAUUAGACGAACUUCGAAAAUAUGCAUUUUGUAACAAUAAUCGCCGUCAAAUUAAAAAUAAAACAUAA